GUGAUUGGUCGACUUUAUGUCGACGCUUCUUGUAUUACGAAAGUCAACAGGCAGGCAAGUCAUGUAAGAAAGCACCUUUGCCCAUUUGCGUCGUUAUCUUAGCCUGAUUAAGUUUCUCACCGUUCGGCGUUUGUGUCAGUGUCGUUUGUUUGCUUUUCACCGGCCCACUUUAGCUCGCGGGCUAACAAGCAUGGCUACUCCCACCGGGCUUUCACUGACACGAGGAGACAGAACAUAGCAAUCUGAGUCAUGACGUCAUUACGACCUCAACCCAUGCGUGACUGCUGACAUUGGUGAAAGAAAAUGGCUCUCUUUACGACCGCUGCUACUAUCUUUCCACAUGGGGAUGGAGACCCAACGGACCCCUCUGUCCCAUCAUCCAGAAUAUCCAUCGAAAAGCUCCUCCCGGCUCUCUUUCAGUGCUUCGGCAUCAUCCUUUGUGGCUACAUAGCCGGCAGGGCCCGAAUCAUAACAUCCUCCCAAGCCAAAGGUUUAGGCAAUUUUGUCUCCAAAUUUGCUCUGCCCGCACUUCUUUUUAAGAACAUGGUGCUGCUGGACUUUGGGAACGUCAUCUGGCCCUUCAUCUGGAGCAUCCUCAUCGCUAAAGCAUCUGUGUUUGCCAUCGUUUGCGUCCUGACGCUGGUUGUUUCCAGUCCGGAGAGUCGCUACAGCAAAGCCGGGCUCUACUCUAUAUUUGCCACCCAAAGCAACGACUUUGCUCUGGGCUACCCAAUUGUUAAAUCUCUAUACGAGAGCACGCAUCCAGAAUACGUUCAGUACAUCUACUUGGUGGCGCCCGUGUCGCUAAUGCUGCUCAAUCCCAUCGGCUUUGCCUUUUGUGAGGUCCACAGAUGGAAGGAACGGCGAGAGCACCAGCAGGGCAAACUUCUCAUCGCGGGCCAAGUGGUGCUCCACGUUCUCCGCAACCCGAUUGUCUUCAUGGUCAUCAUUGGCAUCGGGGCCCAUUUUAUCCUACACCAAAAGAUUCCGGCUUUCAUGGAGGACUUUGUGGAUGGUUUGGCUACCUCCUUUGGAGGCGCGGCUUUGUUCUACUUGGGUCUGUCCAUGGCGGGGCAGCUGAAGAAAUUAACCAGGUCCACUGUUGUGACGCUGAUAUUACUCUUGACUGCGAAGUUGUUGCUGUUGCCUCUGAUUUGUAAAGACAUGGUGGAUCUUCUCGACAACACCAACCCCUCCAACCAAUCCAGCCUCUCCAAUUACGCUUUUCUCUACGGAGUAUUUCCCACGGCGCCCAGCGUCGCCAUCUACGCUACGUAUUACAACGCCCAGCUGGAAGUGGUUAUUUCCGGGAUGGUGAUUAGCACUUUGCUCUCAGCUCCAAUAAUGUUUACCUCCGCCUGGCUGCUUACCCUCCGCCAGAUGGAUCCUCGGCUUCUGAUGAGCACGUUGCAAGAUGUCAGCUUUGAUAUAAGCAUCGUCUGUUUAGUGACACUGCUGUGGACCAUCGCCGUCAUGUUUUUUAGGAAGAAGUACAAGAGGCCGCCUCACUUGUUCACAACCAACCUUUUCGUGGCACAGUUACUCACUUGUUUGGGAAUGAUCGUGUGGAAAUUUGUGGCGAGAAGACACGACUUUGUCGGCCAGAUAUUGUCUUUCACGCUUCUGUGCACCUCGCUCUAUUGCACUUAUAUUUGGCCAGGCAUCAUUGCACUCUCUAUUGUACUCCUGAGAAGGUUUGAGCAUCGCAAGGUUUCGUCUGGCUGGUUUCUUAUUGCGGGCUGGGGGAUCCCUGCAUUCAUAACUGCCGUGUUGCUCAUCUGCGGGGAAAAACUCCCGAACACCUUGGAUUCGUCGCUCUUUUACAGCAAACCGCAAAUCAUCUGCAGCACUUUUGUGCUAUCCGUCAGUAUACUACUAUUGGGAGGGUGCUUGGUGUUUCUCAGUCGAGAAAGCUGGGCACAAAAAGACCAAAAUCGGGAGGAGAAUACGUCCGACGAAGACCUCGUGACUGAACAAGAUAAUCACGCUCUGUUUGAACCAGAAGACCAGUCAGCAGAUCCCAACACAGUGUGCGAAUGUCCGCCAUCCCAGCCCAUGCUCAUCACAAGUUUGAACCCCACGACAAACACACUCGCAGGUCAAAGUGAGAAUUGCAAUGAUUCAAACGUGUGCCUCGAGUUCCGAGUGGAAGAGCACCAUUGGGAUGAAGAUAGACAAGUGGCCCGUCAUGUGCUCUUGUGUUUGCUUCUGGCUGUCGGCUCGCUAGUUAACUUGUCCAGCUGUGUGUGGUUGCUCUUGUACCAAGACCCGGGUCGACUUUACGUGGAGCUGCAGUUUUUUUGUGUGGUGGCCAACUACGGGCAGGGCUUUGUCUCCUUUGCUCUGUUUGGCCUGGACAAACAUCUCAUCAUACUGCCGUUUUGGAGAAGGUUACGCACACUUUGGUAUGGAAAAAGACAAGAAGAGCAACCACAAAGUAACGUGAGCGAGGAGAUCAGGAUGACGUGCACUGACUUCAUCAAAAACCAUAAAGAGCAGUGUUUUCACGACAUUGUCAGGAAGAAAAGGUGUGGGGUGAGGACAAUGGUGGACUGUUUCCUGGGCUGUGAAUUUGUGGAGUGGCUGCAGCAGGCGGGCUUGGCUCAGGAUGGAGACACGGCCGUACUCUACGGCACCCAUUUGCUGCAGGGCGGCGUUCUUCAGCACAUCGAGGAGGAACGCGCCUUCCAAGACGCUGCCAUAUUUUACUCCUUUGUGACCUAAGCCGUCACCCAGUGAGUACUUGAACUUCGGCGCUGUAUGAAGGUGGCUACGCUUCAAAAAGCGCUUAAG